AUGACGUUGGAUGUGUUCUGAGCGUGCAGUUCCCGUCCUGACAGUGGUGGUGCCUUCCGGCGCAGAGUUUGCACCGGAAACGACUUCCACAGGUCUGCAGUCAGACUCUUGGAGACACAUUUAGUUAAACGCUACUACAGUUUGUCCUUUUGCCAGCUAGGCGCUUCAUCUUUGCCACCAUCUUAAAACCCAGUUUCCGGUUCCUUCAGUAAACCUGCGGCAGCAACGGCGCUCACACAGAACUGUCUCCAGUCAGGCUGAAAACUACUCAUCAUGGAGACAACAGUUGAUAAGCUUGAGGCGAUGUUUCUGAAGUCAGAGGCUGACCUGGAAUACAUUGAGAAACGGCUGAAGCUGGACUUCAUCAAAAGAACUGCAGAAAAUGGAUGUUCUGCUGAGGAGAACCCGGCAUUGAUGCUGGAGAACCUGAGGGCCCUCAAGGCCAAACACACAGCGUUGUGCUCUGAGGUGAAGGAGAUCACAGCUGCACAGAAAGAAACCAUGGACUCCAUCAAAAACAAUCUUGGCAAUGUCAUGAAGCUGAUCCAACAUUUACAACAGACCACUGAUGUGAAGGUUGAGCCACUGACGAAGUCAGAGCAAGAUGCGGCAGAGAACCUGGCUUCAGCUUUAAGUCAGACCACUACAGAACAGAAGUUCAGUGUGCGUUCACUUUUGCACCAAGGUUCUCAGUGAAAGUGGAACAAACUGAUUUGUUUAUCUGUAGAGCCUGGAGUAGGCUUUGUAGAUAUGUAGAUUACACAUUAAAUGAAAUCUCAAUACAAAGGUGUUUUUUUGAGUUUUAAAAGUGGUUGACAAACCAGCUUAUCCAGAAAUGAUCCAAAGCCGAUGUAUGUGAAAUCACACAUUUUAAGAUUUUCUCCAACCAGCCCCCUGGUACAAUGGCUGUAGAAUGUCCAAGUAAGCCCAUGUGAGAAAACAGCCGGAUGGUCAGAAAAAUUCACAGCAGAAUGGAGAGCUGUUGGUGAUGUGAAUGUGCUCCAAAAACACAGGUGAAAUAUAAAGUUGCAAUCAGAAAUAUUCAACCCCCCCAAAGAUUUUAAGGAUUUAUCAAUUAAAGUUUUUCAAAGAGCAAGAUUCUGCUUCGGACGACUUUUUUUUGAGUCAACGCAGAAAAUGCAUGAUGUAAUAUUUGUGGGUAACAGUAUAUUUUUUUAACAUAGCCAUGUCACAAUUAUUCAGCCCCUAUAUAAUAUUGUUGUUUUAUUGUCUGACAGUUUUUAUGGCCUAAAUUGGAGUUGAAACAUAAUUAAGACUUUUGGAACUCAAUAAUGAUCCUUCAUUUGCUUCAGCUGUGAUGUAUAUAUAAACCCCACUCAUGAAGGUAUUGUGAUGGAAACCUGGAAAUACAAGAGCCUGGAAACACAAAAUUUGUCUUUGUAUUUCAUAGGGGCUUUCUGCAGAAAGGAUCAACACAGAGCCACAAGGAUCUUAGAGUGAAGAUGGAGAACAGUCAAAUGCAAGGAUCUUUUAUAGGCGGACUAAGGCUAUCUCUCAGAACAAGUUUCGACUGGUUCUGUAGGCGCAGGUUGAGAGAGGAAUCUAAACACAGACAACUGAUUUACAUAUGUUACCUUUGAUAAGCAAACCCACAUUCAGUUCUUGGGAUAGAAAUAAGUGAUAAAAGGGUCUGAGAGUUUUCAGGUCCUACACAGUUCAGACCAUAAAACAGUUCAGGUCAAAGUAUUUGGACAGGUUGUAUAUGUAUGUAGAUAUAGGUCUUAAAACUUACUUUUCAACUACAACAUAGGUUUCAACCAUACUUAGUUAUUUUUUCCACGUUAGUGUUCAAGGUGAAUAGCAAUCAGGGGAAAGACAAAGGAGCUUCCACAAAAGCUGACAGAGGAGAUUAUUUCAUCACACCUGAAGGGCCUUGGGUAUAAAAAGAUUUCCAAUAAAAAUAAUAUUCCAAGAGACACCAUUGGGAGCAUUAUAAGGAAGUUUAAAACUUAUGGAACAGUUGCAAUCCUGCCUGGCUGGGGAAGAAAGCCAAACAUUUCAUCAAGGGCCCUUAGUAACUUAGUCAGAACAACUAAGAAAAACCCCUGUGUGACUGCAAGACCCCUACAGGAUGACCUGAUGAAGGCUGGUACAAGAGCUUCAGUGGCAACUAUAAGAUGUGCACUGGCAACCCAGUCUCAUCAGAAAACGUGUAGUGGCAACGUUAGUCCCCUUGGAAAGACGUUACCAUCUCACAUUCUGGCCUCUCAGAUUGUGAGAUGGGAACGCCUCUGUCCGCCAAUUGCUUUUGCAUUGGCGUGUUCUCACGUCACGUGACUCCCAAGUUCCCGUCUGCGGAAAGGGAAUAAAUGGCGGAGAUUCCUUGUUUUUUCAGAUUAAAAUAUCAUUAUGUAACUUAGUUUGGGCAUAAAAAUACAUUCUGACACCAUUUCUAGCAAGAAAUGUGCUCUUUGCUUCCACAGUCUUCAGCCAGUUCAUGCUUAUGAUAUAUAUUUUAAUAGUUAUCACGAAUGUUUUUAUCGUUGCUAUGAGGGUUGCUAUGAACGCUGCCAUGCCGAAAACCACGUCCUAGCGUGUUGUUUAAAUCACCGUCCCUGCGUUGUGUCAUUCAGUGAUCGUGAAUAAAAUUAAUAUUUUAUGAUAUAUUACACCUCUAAUGCGAAGAUCUAAGAAGUCCCCGUGACUCCGUUCAUACCGAGGCAGGCCCGAGUGAGCAUGCGUGAGCGGAUCGGUCACCUUGGACGGCUUAAAGGCCAAUUUAUGCUUCUCUCCGUUUUGACGGACGCGGACAGAUAGGAUCGCCUUCUUUGCCGUGGAACACCCUCUCCGGGGCUCCUCGCUUUUCGUGCAGCUCAGAUUUUCUAACUACACAUCGGCAUGGCGGAGCAUAGAUAUAUAUAAACACUAGAUGUCUCGUCCGCGUUGCCGGCCAAUGGAGUCGAACGUCCGCACAUGACGGCCAUCUUGCCACAGGCAGCUCGCUCACCCAUAACAUUGUGUUGGUAGUGGAACAUGUACAUUUUAAUUAACUAUAACUUGCUCAAUUUUCAACCGAUUUUUAAACGGUUUGGUUUGUUAUAAACACUGGAGAUGUAGUUAUGACACUGAAUACUUAUUAAUAAUUAUGUUAUGUUCUAAAAAAUAGAGUAAUGUUCUUAAAAAUAGGUACAAGAUUUCCCUCUACAAAUGAGAUGUAUACUAAUAAUUAUAACCAUGGGUUUUCAUAUGGAAAUAUCAUUAAACAGAAUAGAUAGGGGCAAUAAAUACACAAAUGCACAAGGUUUUUAUGUUAAAUCAAUAUAUAGGCUACUAAAACUCAACAUACAGAAUGGCAACAUGAGACAUA